AUAAUGUCAACGCUUUGAUUUACUGAGAGCAAAAAUAAAGAUGUCGUUAACGAAAAAGGAUCCUACACUGCGAGUUGCUGCCAAUGAUCCGCAUUUGGUCAGUUUGGGAGGUGGACGUUUGAGCACAGCUGUUACCAUACAUUACAUACCCAUAGGUGAUAUGACUAUUGGCUCGGCCUCCACUUGCAGUAUAUCUCUGAAUGGUAGUGGGGUCCGAUCGAUUCAUUGUACAAUCUAUCGCAGUGAGGAGAACGAAGUAACCAUAGUACCCGAACAGGAUGCCCGCAUACUGAUCGACGGCACGAAGAUCACGCAUGAAACGAACCUAACGCAGGGUGCUAUGAUCACCAUUGGUAAUUCAAAUUAUUUGCGGUUCAAUAAUCCAGCCGAGGCUCAGUUGAUACGCUCUACCAUGGGUUCGAAUGAACGCAUUUCAAUGCCCCAAAUAGACUUCACUCAAGUGCCACGACGCGAUUCAACGAAAAGCCUUAGCUCCAGCAAUGGAAGUGCAGAUGUGCGCCAAUCGUUAGCCAUAGACUCGUUCUACGAGGAACAUAUUAGCCCUAUGUCGAAUGUACAGAUGUCAAUGUCGAUGGGUAGAGAAAGCGCAAAAAGCAUGCUAGGCAGCAAUAAAUCGCUAUACAACAACGUUGCUCUAGCGCCGAUUGACAUCAAUGGCUUACAUUGCCCGAAGGUUUUUGCCGCUGACUUGGUGACGGUGAAUAUGCCAGCCAAGGAUGUUUUGGGUCAGAAAUAUGCAAACUUUGCUAAAAAUUUGGCUGAAAAUCAUCGCAACGAUAAGAAUGCAAGUCCUGUACGCAAUAAUCAAUUAAACAAUAGUGUAAGAGGAGGAGCCCAAAACAGCACGGGGAAUUAUGUUAAUAUUCCGAGCACGUCGAAUUUCAUACAAAAUACAAGUGCUUGUGGAAGUGGAGAGUUUUUGGCAAAGGUUAAUAAUACAACACCAUUACGCACAACCAAUAGUGUGAAUCACCACAAUGUGCCUGCUUACGAUCGCUAUCCGAAGCCCGGCACCUAUGGUGGUUUACAGAUUUAUCCUAUGAAUGGAGUCAAUACUGAAAUUAAUAGCAAUUCUGUAAACUCGUCGCCGUUGCAUCGUUUGCAAUACGAGAGUUCACCAAGCAUGCAGCGUAGGAACCUGUCGAACCUUAGUACUUCAGAGAAUGAAUGCCUUGAAGAUAUGCUAAAAAUAUGUACUGAAUAUUCCGAUCGACAAAAUCAGAGUUGUGCUGCUUCUCUUACUUCCUCGCCUAUAGUUCAAAACCGGAUCAAAACAAAUGGUUCAUUGCCACGUGACAAAAAGUCUCCCUUCUACUUUGAGCUAUCUGGUUCGCAACUUCAACAAUCUGUCUCAGGUAGUAAUAAUAAUCUCAGCACCCAACCACAUAACAGUUCAGCCUCCAUUCCCAGCUCCUCUGGUUACGAGAAUGUGCGUUUGGUGACUCAGAAUCGAAUUGAAAUUAGUGGGCAAACACAAGAUCCCAGUUCACCGAAGACUGGCUAUGAAAAUGUCGUUAUUGGCAAGUACGUGCCACAAAGUCCUCGCACCAAAAUUAGAACGACAUGCAUGUCACCGAAGAAGGAACAUUCCUUCAGUAGUGUGUAUGGUCAGACGCCUAUUGUCGCAAAGCCACCCCCAGUGGCACCAAAGCCUUCAAAACAGAGUGAAUAUGAGCAACUUAUCAAGACCUUUGAAGAAAAACUUAAACUAGAAAUGCAAGCCAUCGAGGAGAGCAGUCGAUACCAGCCAACCAGCGCUGUGAAAUCCAUGUCGGUUUCCGCUGAACAGUCGCCAGCAAAACGUACGAAUAAAAAUGUUAACAAUCUCACGUUGAACUUACCCGAAUCGAAUUCGCUGCAAAACUCGCCCAAACUACAAAAGAAACCAGCACCUGCACUACGAAUGUUCUCCAAAAGCGCAUUAGUGAACUUCAGUAAGAGUGGCACCGUUAAAUCCUUUGAUUUACAAAAAUCAGUUGCGACUGUGCAAAAUAAUAUUGAAGAAGCAUUGAAAUCCAAGCAGGUUCUGAGUGGCUGCGAAGGCAUUGAUCAGCUUAAGCUGAAAAGAAAACAGCAUUUGAUGAGAAUCCAUGAGUUGAAAAAUGAAAUAUCCGAACUGCAAAAACAGGAAUCGGAGGAACUAAGAGAGUUGGAUAUGGAAAAAGCGCUGGUGAACGCAGAAGUGAAUUCUGUUGGUGGCUCGGUGGGCGAAUUGGAAACGCAGCUUGAGCUUUUACAGAACAAGAUUCAUCGUUUUGAAGCACAACGGAACGCCACACGAGUUAUGGAGGAGAAUCAGCAGGCUAAAUUGAAACAAUCAAUUGAAAUGAAGCAAGAUCAAGUGAAGAAGUUAAAGUCGAUGUUACAGCAGAAACCGAGCAAUGAUUGCCUCAAAGAAGAACUGCACAAUGUAAGUGAGUCGCUGGAAAAUGACCGAAAGACAUUUGAAGAUUUAGAGUUCCAGUAUCUGGAAGAAGAAUCUGAGUGGCACGCCUACCGCGAGGAGCUCCACAACGAAGAAGCGAAUUUGAUUGUGAAAAUAAAAGAAAAACGCAUUGAGCUGCAAUAUCUGGAAAGACAGGACCUUGGAAAUAUUUCGGUGCAUGCAAAAACUUUAAAAUCAAAGUUAGUGAGUGCAUGUAAUUCGCUUAAAAUAGAACAGGAAUACCUAAAGGCGAUAGAAAAUAGUAUUUGCGACAUAACUGGUGAUUUAAAGGUUAACUCAUCCGAAGAAGACAUCAGUACGACAUCCUCCGCCUCACCGAUAUUGCAGAACAAUCUGGCGACGGGUGUUAUGUCACAAUCUCUUUUUGGCUCCGCCGAAUUGCUUUGUCCAAAGCGUACCACGGAGGAUGUAAUGUCGAAGAGCGUAAAUGAGAAUAUGUUUUAUAAUAAUAAAAUCGAACUGCCACCGCAAGCCCCAGUCACAAGUACACCGAAACGUAAGCAACUUUAUGUAGUUGACAUUGAUGAUGCAACAAGCGAUAUACGGAGGAGUACUGAAGUUGAGGUAGAUUCCAUAUUGAAUGGCAAACUUGAUGUGCCAAAUUGCGAUCAGCACAAUGAGCGGGUAAAAUUUAAUCUUUCCUUGGGCACCGAUGAUUUUGAAGUAAAUCCGCUGGAACGUCGUGUGCCUUCCCAGGAUGAUAUUGACCGCAUAUGUAAAGUGACUAGUAGUGCACCGAUUUCAACAAAAGGUGCUAGUACUAGAAUAUUUGAUAGUAUCAAGGAAAUUGAACGAAAUCGUCAGUUGCUGCUGGCUCAGCAAGGUCAUCACGUAAUCGAGCAUGAACGCCAGAAAAUCAUUGAUUUGAAGAAGAAAUGCCAUGAUGAAGCACGCGCUCAAUAUCUUUUACAACUGAACAAUGGCGAAAGAGACAAUAGCGGCAACAAUGCUCUGAGCAAUUCAAAUCAAGCUGAAAUGCGAGAACUUCAAUGUACUGAAAGCGAUGAAACCACCAAGGAGAUCCAAGCGGGCGUGAGUUCGUUACAAACGAAGAACUCAACAUUCGGAAAUGGAAAAAAUCUUUCUCCACGAAUUGGCGUUAACGAGGGAGCCAACAAAAUACAAGCGGAUCGAUCUAGUCAGCAACGUCACUCGCAGCCUGAAUUUAUAGAAACACAACCACGUCAAUCGCCAUCCAGUCCACGGCCACUAUCAGAGGCCAAUUCGGAGUUGAGUUGCAAUUUGCUAGAAGGCGACCACAAAGGCACGUGCAAGUCCAACUUUGAAUUGUCCACUGCAUCACCAAAUGCCUCCACAAAAGUAAACAAUGUAUACUCUACCGAGCGAAUAUCCAGCGACGUCGCCGAGGCGGGCAACAAGCGUUCGAGCGUCAAUUCCAACGAGACUACGUCAGGCGGUAGCGUCAGCGGUAGUGCGCAAGGCGAUCGGAAACGUGUUCUGCCCAAACAUCAACGUCCGUUGACACGCUAUCUGCCAAUCUUUUCGCCCGAUCUUAAUUUGCGGCAUCACAUAGAGUCGGCUGGGCACCAGAUUACGCUAUGCCCGCAUGUCUUUGUGGAUGCCUUCAGUUGUCGAGGUUAUUUGCAUAAAUUGGGCGCUACUUUCCACGGCUGGGCUCGGCGAUGGUUCGUACUUGAUCGCCAGCGAAGCGCUUUCAUCUAUUACGCGGAUAAAUCGGAGCGGAAACCCAGAGGAGGUGCCUACUUUUCGACAAUAGACGAAGUGUAUUUGGAUCACUUAAAUGUCUCGAAAAGUGGACGGCCACAUUGCACAUUAAUCGUUAAAACUAAGAAGCGCAGCUACCAUUUGCAGGCGGCAUCAGAUGCUGCGGCAAGAAUAUGGAUCGACGCCAUUAUUACUGGAGCUCAAGGGAAUUUAGACUACUAAGUAUAGAUACUUCUACAGUAAAUAAUAAUUAACUUCAAUUGCGAUUGCAAAUUACCAUGUUGUAAGAUUUGCUAAUACCAAGAAACUUUUGUGUACCAUAUGCGAAGAUGCCCAAGUUACUAAUGAAGAUUGACCUACUGCUCACACAUACCUUGUAUGAUUAUAGAAGUUUAACAAUUAAUCGAUUAAUUAAAAACUGUAUAUGACCAUAGCUUUUAAAUAGGUUUAAGCUAGUUAUAAGUAUUGAAUAAGUGAAACUAUAGCUCAAACUUACAAGCAACAAAUUGGAAACAAUAAAAAAACGGCAACUAUUCCAAAGUUUUUGAUACAUUUGAGUAAAGUACUGAAAUCAUCCUAUUAAACUAAUCAUAUAUAAAUACAUAUGUUUCUAAAUAUCAGUGCCUUUCCAAUAAUUUGCAAUGAGUGUGUUUCUAAUUUCGUUGCUUUUUGAGGGAAAUUUUAUUUUCGAAUACAGUUUUCAUAUACACCACUGAAGUAUACAUACAUAUUUAUAUGGUAUAUCAUAGUUUUACAAUUUAAAUUUUGUAUUGAGGAAAGUAUUUUUUCACUAAUUAUUUGGUAGAGAAAAAAAUUUGACAACUAUAUCAAAAGUGUAUUUAUUAAUGUACAUAAGUAUAUUUAUGUAUGUGGAUUAUAUAACUCACACAUAUGUAAUCUUUACAACUUAGGUAUGAUUCUAAAAUAAAAUGUAAACAUUGUUUCAACUUAAA